GUUGGACAACCCUCGUUGGAUACACAGCUGUUCCGCGGAGUCAUGAACGAAAAUUAUUAUUAAAAUUGAAUUAGUUGAUUCAAAGAGGAUAGCCAGCAGGCGGCCAGAGGAGCAGCCAAGAUGCAGCGAGUCCAGGCCGACCAGAAGCCAGCCAGAAUGCACCAGCAUGCACAUACGCAUUCGCACGCGCACAGUUUGCAGCAUGCGGAGGAGAAGGAGCACAAUAGCAAUGAGAUGACGACCAACUUGUCGUCGACUGGUCGAAUUGCGGCCAGCAGCAGUGCCACGCCCAGCGCAGCAGCGGGAGGCGGGGCCAGCGAAGCACCCACUCCACCAAAGAGUCUGGCGCUCAAUCAGAACCAUCACUAUGCACCCGGUUCGGACACAUCCGGGGAACAGGAGGAGGAGCUGCUGGACUCGCGCUACGAGUGCGCCAUUUGCAUCGAUUGGCUAAAUGAGCCGGUGUUGACGUCGUGCGGCCAUCGAUUUUGUCGCAGCUGCCUCACCGCCUGGAUGCAGAAGAACAAUCAAUGCUGCCCCAUGGACAACAAGCGUCUGUCCGCCGAGCACGACAUCUUUCCGGACAACUACACGCGACGCGAGAUCGAGCAACUCAAGCGAGAUUGCCCCAACUCCUCGCUGGGCUGUUCAGUGGUUGCCUCGCCCAUCGAACUGCAUCGCCAUCUGCCCAGUUGUCCCUAUCGGCGGCAGCAGGAGCCGCAGGAGGAGAAGUGCCCGUUUGCCAAGAUCAAGUGCGACUUUGUGGGUCGACCGGAGACCAAUCAGUUGGAGGAGCACCUCAAGGCGGACAUGCCGCAUCACAUGCAGCUGAUGCUACAGGCAUUCCAGCAGACAGCCAUUGCCACCUGGCAGCCGCACAAGCCCAGCACAAGUGGUGCCAUGGAGAACGGCCAUGGCCAGCAGCAGCUGCCGCCACCGCCGCAAUAUGCCAAUGGUGUAGACGAGCAGAUUGUGCAAACGAUGUACCAGAGGAUUGUGGUGUUGGAACAGCGGACACGCGAGCAGGAGACGCGACUCGAGAAUAUGCAAAAGCAGCUGCGUCUGGCACGCCAGCAGGCGCCCGUGGAUCCGCGCUACAGCAAUGGCACGAUUGUGUGGCGCAUCGAGCAGCUGGGCGCCUUGGUGGCUCGCCUGCGGGCCAAUGCCAACAAUCAGGUGUACUCGCACGAGUGCUACACCUCGCCGCAUGGCUACAAGUUCUGUGCGCGGCUGAACAUUCAGCCGCGCAAACCGCAUGUGCUCAGUUUGCAUGUGCAUCUGAUGCAGUCGGAGAACGAUUACCACUUGGACUGGCCCUUCAAGGGUCGCAUCAAGUUGUGCAUGGUGCAUCCGGCGGAUGCGACGUUGUCGCAGCACGACACCAUCAUGACCAAGCCGGAGAUCCUGGCCUUCCACAAGCCACGCGAGGCGAUCAGCACACGGGGAUUCGGUUUCCUCGAGUAUGCCAACAUAUCGAACAUCAUACAGCUGGGCUUCUGCGCCGACGAUCGGCUGCUCAUCAAGAUCGAGAUCAAUAUUGUGUGAACUGGCAAUGGAAAAGGAACUGGAAACUCGGCGGCACUAAUGUCUUCCGAUUGCGUUGAGUUUGCAUCGAGGUGGAUCGAAUCAUAGGGGCCCAAAGGUAAACCGUGCAAGUAGAGAAAAAUAGCCAGGUAUUAGAAGUACAUGAGUACGCAUGGUAGCAAUCAUAGAAGAUAAUCCCAUCUCCAAGGAGUGCUAGCUAAUGCUUGACCUGUUAUCACCGAGGCAAUAUAGUUUAGAACCACUGAUAACAAGGCGACCCCGCGAUUUGUGUGGAAUUAGUCGAUCGAUCCACUUUAGUGAACUCGUGCGCCAACGUACAAUAUGCAAUACCCGAUAGCUGACACACACGUAUAUAUAUUUUAUAUAGACCUAUAUAUAUAUAGUAUACGAGAGACCGCUAAUAGUCACCGUCUAGCAAGCAUCACAUUAAGCAAUCUUGAUGAUAUUCCAAUACUAAUCGAUAUUAUUAUCCUAGUAUCCUAGAACUAUCUCUUAUUCUCUUUAUAUUCCUAGUUCUAUACUAUUACUAUUGGUUCUAGCGAACAAAAGUCAUUGCAGAUCACGUAGAUGCAUAGGUCUAUAAUUGGAAAACCUAGUUGGUCUUGGGUUUUCCCGUGAUACCUUAUCAAUGCAUUUUCAGUGCUUAAUUAAUCUUUAGUUUUCAAAACAUUCUCGUCAAUUUGAUUGAUUUUAACUAUAUUUGUAACUGAGUACGUCCACUUGGCAGAAAUGCCAGCCCUAUUUUAAACUAGUUUACUUAAUAUUCCAUCUAGAAUUAUGCUAGGUUUUAAUUCUUCAGUUUAUCGCUUCGAAAAACUGAAUAAUAAUUUAAAAUAUGUACCUUUUUGCAAACAACGAAGGAGAGGGAAUAUAUUUUUUUAACCUUUAUCGCAAAUGCCUCCGUUUAUGAUCACCAAUUUCGUUUGGAUAAAGAAAACACAAAGGCUGUAUGUAUUAUUUUUACCCCAAUACUUAACUUAGUCCAUAGCGAUACGAACUACAUGUUUAGAGCUAAGAAUCCCGGGUAGAAUGCACACGCUGGCAAGGAUUAGAGCCCAGACUCAUCUGGACUUCGAUCGCUGGCUGCUUGGAACCCUCUCCGUUUAGGAAACCCCAAUAAAGGACACUUUUGUACCGCCAA